GUGGUCACUGGUUUGCCAGGCUUGACCUUUGAAUAGGUUUGAAUUGCUUUCAUGAUAAAAUCCCUGCAGGAUUUCAGGGUCAUACAGAUUUUUUUUUCUUCCAGAAUGUCACACUAUGAGAGCCUGGGAGGUAGCUCACUCAGGAGAGCACAUGCUUUGACUAUGCAUGAAGUCUUGGGUUGGAGUCCAGGCACCAUAAUGAAGAAGAUGAGCAACAUUUACGAGUCGGCUGCCAACACUCUGGGGAUCUUUAACAGCCCCUGUCUAACCAAAGUUGAGCUCCGAGUGGCGUGCAAGGGCAUUUCUGACAGAGAUGCCCUUUCCAAGCCCGACCCCUGUGUCAUCCUCAAGAUGCAGUCCCAUGGGCAAUGGUUUGAGGUUGACAGAACAGAAGUGAUUCGCACCUGCAUAAACCCCGUGUACUCCAAGCUCUUCACGGUGGACUUCUACUUCGAGGAGGUGCAGCGCUUGCGAUUUGAGGUCCAUGACAUUAGCAGCAACCACAACGGGCUGAAGGAGGCAGACUUCCUGGGGGGCAUGGAGUGCACGCUUGGCCAGAUUGUUUCCCAGAGAAAGCUGUCCAAAUCCUUGUUGAAGCAUGGGAACACAGCAGGGAAAUCCUCUAUUACGGUGAUUGCUGAAGAGUUAUCCGGCAAUGAUGACUACGUUGAACUUGCAUUCAACGCACGGAAAUUGGAUGACAAGGAUUUCUUCAGUAAGUCUGACCCAUUUCUGGAAAUUUUUCGCAUGAAUGACGACGCGACACAACAGCUCGUGCACAGAACUGAGGUUGUGAUGAAUAACUUAAGCCCAGCCUGGAAAUCCUUCAAAGUGUCGGUGAAUUCUUUAUGCAGUGGAGAUCCAGACCGCAAACUGAAGUGCAUAGUAUGGGACUGGGACUCCAACGGCAAACAUGACUUCAUUGGAGAAUUCACCUCAACAUUCAAGGAGAUGAGAGGAGCCUUGGAAGGGAAGCAGGUUCAAUGGGAGUGCAUCAACCCCAAGUACAAAGCCAAGAAGAAGAAUUACAAAAACUCGGGCACUGUGAUUUUGAACCAGUGCAAGAUUCACAAGAUGCAUUCUUUCUUGGACUACAUUAUGGGUGGCUGCCAAAUCCAGUUUACAGUAGCUAUAGAUUUCACUGCCUCAAAUGGAGACCCCAGGAACAGCUGUUCCUUGCACUACAUCCAUCCUUACCAGCCCAAUGAGUACCUGAAGGCCUUGGUGGCUGUGGGGGAGAUUUGCCAAGACUAUGACAGUGACAAAAUGUUCCCAGCCUUUGGGUUUGGUGCGAGAAUACCCCCAGAGUACACGGUCUCCCAUGACUUCGCUAUCAACUUUAAUGAAGACAACCCUGAAUGUGCAGGGAUUCAAGGAGUUGUGGAAGCCUAUCAGAACUGCCUCCCUAAGCUCCAGCUUUAUGGCCCCACCAACAUCGCCCCCAUCAUUCAGAAGGUCGCCAAGUCAGCGUCAGAGGAGACCAACACCAAGGAGGCCUCGCAAUACUUCAUCCUGCUGAUCCUGACUGACGGAGUCAUCACAGACAUGGCAGACACCAGGGAGGCCAUCGUCCAUGCCUCCCACCUCCCCAUGUCGGUCAUCAUCGUGGGAGUGGGCAACGCCGACUUCAGUGACAUGCAGAUGCUGGAUGGUGACGAUGGAAUCCUGCGGUCGCCCAAGGGAGAGCCUGUCCUUCGAGACAUCGUCCAGUUCGUGCCCUUCAGGAACUUCAAGCACGCAUCUCCGGCUGCCCUGGCAAAGAGUGUCCUGGCUGAAGUCCCCAAUCAAGUCGUGGACUAUUACAAUGGCAAAGGGAUCAAGCCCAAAUGCUCAUCAGAAAUGUACGAGUCUUCAGGACACUAGCUCCAUGAACACUACCCACUUUUACAGAGCUCUGAGAUGCCAUUCCUGCUAAUAUUUAAUACUUCAUCUCCUGUACUUAAAAUACACACA